UGUUGAUAAUAAAAACAACUGACGGGAUCAACGUUCAAUUGGAUUCUGAGAAUGCUUAAAAACCAGACGGUUAAUGUCUCACAGUUUAUAAACAUUCACAUUAUUUGUUUUCGUGAAUAUCUUAUAAUUUAGAGUUUUUAGCACUUUAUUUUACAAUGUUUUAAGAAACUAAAAAGUUAUGGAAACAUGGAGAAAUAGAGUUGCCUUGGUAACUGGAGCAUCAAUGGGUAUCGGAUAUAUAACAUGCAAGAAUCUAGCUAAACAUGGCAUGAAAGUUGUUGGCUGUGCAAGAUCUGCAGACAAACUGAAGGAUUUGGAAGAACAAAUUCUAGUAAGUGGUGGCCAGUUCCUACCAAUUAUUUGUGAUUUACGAAAGCAAGACGAUAUCAUGGAGAUGUUUGCUAUGAUAAAAAAGAGAUGGAGCGGUGUUGAUGUUUGUAUAAACAAUGCUGGUUUGUCACUGGAUGCCCCGAUUAUUAACGGAGAUGUUUCUUCCUGGGAAAACAUGUGGCAGGUGAAUGUGAUGGCUGUAUGUCUGUGUACAAGAGAGUCUGUGAAAAUGAUGAGGGCCAACAGAGUUGAUGAUGGUCAUAUCAUUAAUAUCAACAGUUUAUCCGGACAUCGUUGUGGCAAAGCACACUUUUAUUCAGCUACUAAAUAUGCAGUGACUGCAUUAACUGAAGGCAUUAGAUGGGAACUAAGAGAAAUAAACAGUCAUAUCAAAAUAACAAGUAUCAGUCCAGGCUUAGUGAAGACUAAUUUUGCCUGUACUGCAGUUGGAGAAGCUGCAGCUAACGAAUGUUACAGUACAAGACAAGGUCUGGAUCCUCAGGACAUCGCCAAUGCCAUAGAAACAGUUUUAUCUUACCCAUCACAUGUCCAGGUUAGUGAAAUGAUGAUUCGCCCGACAGAACAAGUUGUGUAGGAGUAUUACACAAAGAAAAGUAUUAUAAUAAAAGUGUAGAUACAAUCAUAUAGAUUCAGCUCAUUGAGUAUGUUUUACUGUUUGGAAGUAAAUUACUAAUAAAAGUGUAGAUACAAUUAUAUAGAUUCAGCUCAUUGAGUAUGUUUUACUGUUUGGAAGUAAAUUACUAAUAAAAGUGUAGAUACAAUUAUAUAGAUUCAGCUCAUUGAGUAUGUUUUACUGUUUGGUAGUAAAUUACUAAUAAAAGUGAAUCCAUAUUUAGAUUGAGAACUAGUGGAAACUCCAAAAACAUCAAAUAUAGUAAUAUAUGAAAUAAAUAUACCCUCUGAUUCCAAUUCCCAACAGCAAAAAUAAAGAGAUGUUGAAGUCAAGGAAUAGGGUGAGAUAUGAAGGCAUAUUUUCUACAACAUACAUUCAAAUGCUAGCUUGAUAUAUGAUUAUACUUUAGUUUUCGAAAGCAUCUAGAGAAAAUGUUUUGUUUUUGAUUCUUUUUAUUGGAUACUUGGUCUUCUCAGCACCUGUGGUGUGAACAAUGCACAUUUAAAUUGUUUCCUCAUAGUAUAUACACUUCCGAUGACAAUAACUGACUUGAAAGCUUUCCGUUCUGCUAAAAAGAAGUAACAUUUUAUCAAUAAUGCUGGCUUGUCCGCUGGUGAAUGAGACAAUUUGUUGGAAGACUAGUGAAAUGUAUUGAAAAAUCCCACAAAUGUUCUUUCAAAGAAACAUAAUAAUUUGCAGGGUACGACAAGCGAUGUAGAGGUAACUGUGAAAGACAGUUUUUAUCUUCUGGUCAAGCAUGAGUUUUUUAUUUUAAUUCUGAAGACCUUCUGGUAAUUGUAAAGAUAACGAACAGCAAUUAAGCAUUGUUAUAUGAUUGAAUUGUUUACAACCUAGUAUUCAAUGGGAUAUAAUAGUGUCACAUAUAUUAUAGUAUCCAUUUAAAAUCCCUUUCUUCAAAGUUUCGACCCCAGUUUGUACCUUGAGCUUUUUAGACGCAGUAAAAUAUGUACUGUAAAUUCAGAAAUUAUUGUGUGCAUUUAUUUCGAUUUUAUGAAAAGUUACAUACAGAUAUAUGUACAUGUAUCAAAUAUUAGAAAGCAAGUUCUUAUUAUUGAGAUACUCCUGAAGUCGCAAUAUUUGCAUUAGCAAUAAUUUCUGUCACAUAUUGUGAGAAGUUUUGGUUGAUAAUUCGUUAAAAAGACAUUUUGGUUUGCAGACAAUAACUUAAGUAUACAUUUUUUAAGUGUAUGGAUCUCUAUGAAAUUUUAGCACAAGGUUCCAUACCACAUUAAGAGGGUUGGGAUUGAUUUUGGGGGUUAUUGUCGUAGUUUUGUAAUUAGGGUCCAAAAACAAUUAUUUUUCUGGUUUGCAGACAAUAACUUAUUGUAUAGAUUCAGCUCAUUGAGUAUGUUUUACUGUUUGGAAGUAAAUUACUAAUAAAAGUGUAGAUACAAUUA